AUACACAGACUGUUUGACCUAUACGAAAGAGCCUCUUCCGCAAGAAUUAAUAACCAAAAAACAAAAAUUGUUCCACUAACAAUUAUGGCAAGGAGAGCAAACCUCCCGGACAUAAUUGAUUUCAAAGUCAUAGAAGAACCUGAUACAUUCAAGUUACUAGGCUAUAAAAUCGAUGCAAAAGGGCAACCAAAAAAGGACUUAUAU